AUGGAGCAUAAGCUCGCAGUUAUUUCUUUCUUGUCUAUUUUGGCAUUUACGAAUGGUUUUACGAUACUGAGCGUAGAUAACGGAGAUACUGGGGGAACAUGGCAUACUUGGCAAUCGUGUCCUCUGAGCGUAGAUAACGGAGAGACUGGGGGAACAUGGCAUACUUGGCAAUCGUGUCCUCUGGGUUCUUUUGCUGUCGGCUUUGGUUUGAAGUACGCUGUUUUGUCUGCUUUUAAGAUUGAAGACUAUCAAGAAUUUCCACAUGACAAUACAGCGCUGAACGGCAUCAGACUCAUAUGCAAAAACACGAACGGGACGAUUGUUGAUCGAAAUGUUACUUCGAAAGUUGGACCAUUUGGAAAAUGGGUAGGUGAAACGGUCUGUGAAAAGAUAAACGGAGUGCAAUUAUAUUUAACAUCGUUUGCGCUCCAAGUACACAGGAUACCGAACCAGACGGAACUCGAGGCAUUGUCGCUCUCUGAGGUAUUAAACGGAAACGAUGACUUGUAUGACAACACAGCAGUGAAUUACGUCAAAUUCAAAUGCCGGGAUCUUGCCGGGAACCAACCGUCUCGUGACUUGAUAAAAGUGCCAAGGCGCGGGAAAAUGGGACAAUACGGUAACUGGAGUCCAGAAUGCCCAGCUAGCACAGCUUUUCGUGUACUCAGCACCAGAGUUGACAAUUAUGAAUAUAGAAAUUUUGUAGAUGACACUGCCAUCAACGACAUUAAGUUUUACUGCGAUAAUGGAGAAUUUUAAUUAGUUUUUUUAAUUAUUCAUUCUGACAAACAAAAAACCCUAAGCAUGACAAAUUUGCGUUCAAACAACUAUUUCAAUAAAAGAUGUCAUAUUAUAACAUAAUGAAAAAUUAUGAAGAAAUAUAAACAGCAAACAAUUGACAUGCUGAUGAAAAAUACACAAUGAGUGUAAUGUGGUAUAAUUAUGUACUAUGAUUAAUUUUCUAAAUACAAUAUAAUGCGGACACAAAUAAAACUUAAUAUCUAUAUAAGUUCUGGCUAUUAAUUGUUGUUUCUGAUAAGCAGAUUUCAGAAGUUAGUUUCCUAUAGUGUUUCUGAGAUGCUAAACGAUUUCAUUUUCAGUCUAUAUUUAGUCCCGUGUGGCCUCUGUUUUGCGCACUAAGCUACCUUUCUGCUAGGUCUAGAAGAUCAAAUAAUAUUAAUAAUGUACCCGGGAUCCAAAUUGGCCUCUCCCAGAGACAGGCUUAAAUAAAAUGCUUCUCGUGCCAUUUCAUGACCAAAAGGUUAGAUAUUUGGAUCAGUGGACCUCUUUUUUUUAACUUUGCAUAAAUUUAAAAGCUUAUACAGCUUAGAAAAAGAUAUUUGGGGUACGUGUUCCUUUUUCUAACAGAUC